AUGGAUAAUAACUCACAAGAACCUGAACAACCCAAUAUCUUGGAUGAUCCAGUCCAUGGGAUCCUUAUUCCAUCGCUAUUGUUUGUCGGUGGUAUCUCAUUAUUGACAUACUUAUCAGGGGAGCUAAGAUUAUUAUUAUCUUUGCCAUUACUGUUCACGAGUUUGGGUGUAAGGGUCUAUAUGGCACACCAACGUAAAAGAUCAUUAUUCCCUGAUAGAUGGACUUCUUUGGAAUUGGAUGAUCAAACGGUCGUCUCCAAAAAUACUGCAUUAUACCGUUUUAAAUUAAAGACAAACUUAGAAUCUUUAGACAUUCCAGCUGGUUACCACAUUGCUGUGAGAGUAUUUAUUGAUGAUAAAGAAGAAAUUAGAUACUAUAACCCAAUUAGUUCAAAACUGGAUACAGGUCACUUUGAUUUACUUAUCAAGUCAUAUGCUGAUGGUAAAGUUUCCAAAUAUUUUGCAGGACUAAAGCCAGGUGAUACAGUGGAAUUCAAAGGUCCAAUUGGAGAACUACAUUAUGCACCAAAUUCAUCAAAGGCUUUGGGGAUUGUUGCUGGUGGCUCUGGUAUCACACCCGUCUUACAAAUGUUGAACGAAAUUAUUACUGUUCCAGAAGAUUUGACCAAACUUUCAUUAAUAUACGCCAAUGAUACUGAAAAUGAUAUUUUAUUGAAGGAUGAAUUGGAUGAGAUGUCUGAAAAAUAUCCUCAUUUUGAAGUGCAUUACGUUGUUCGUAACCCCAGUGAAUCAUGGGAGGGAGAUGUUGGUUUAGUGAGUAAAGAACAAAUGGAAAAAUAUUUACCAAAAUACUCCGAUGAUCAUAGAUUGUUGAUUUGUGGACCUGAAGCCAUGGAGAAGAUGGUUGUGAAAUAUGCUGAAGAAUUAGGCUGGAAACAAAGUGUUUCUAAGAAUAAAGGUGAUGACCAAGUAUUUGUUUUUUAA